AUGCCGCACGGCUGGGGUGCCCUCGGGAUCAGCUGGCAGAGGAACUCGUCACCGGCUUUGGUGGUGGCAGCGACGGCAGAGCCCCGUCCCCUCCUCUCUGGGAAGGGUUUUGGCUGGGGCUGCGAAACCCCUGCAACACGUGGCCCUGCGCUGCUCAUACGCGUGUGUGUGAGCAGGCGUGCGCACACGCGGCCGGGGCUGCUCCUGGCCCAAAGCAGCUCAGCUCUGCAAACGCUCGUAUCAAAAAGGGAAGCGGAGCGGCAGCCCCCAAGGGCUUUUAUGCGCCUGGAUUUUGGUCCUUGCCCUGGCUGUGAGCUGACUGCCAGUACCAAAUCCUACACGUUUCAGGUGGAUGAGGAAGAUGACUCUGACCACAUUUUGGCCCUGUCUGUGGUCUGCCUCACAGACGGUGCCAAGGACGAGUGCAAUGUGGUGGAGGUCGUUGGGCGAAACCACGAGAACCAGGAGAUUGCUGUGCCUGUGGCAAAUCUGAAGUUAUCAUGCCAGCCCUUGCUGAGCCUGGACAACUUCAAGCUGCAGCCUCCGGUGACCUUCCGCCUGGCAGCAGGCUCUGGCCCGGUACACCUCGCUGGCUGGCACCAGAUCGUGCCCAGGGAAGAUGCUUCCUUUGAGGAGGACGAUGACUUGUCUGAGGAGGACGAGGAGGAGCUUCCUCCUAUCAUGCCAGCCAAGAAGUAGAAGAGGAAGCAGUAACCUCCAGGCAAGGUACUUGCUGGGACUUCUCUCCCUGGAUGGCUUUUACCUCAGACACCUCUUGCCAGGACCUCUACGUU